AUGACAUCCACACCACUCGAACUUGAACUUGAAUCAUUACCAUAUAUAAAUCCAUCAUUAGAUAGAAGAAUAGUUUUUAUAACAGGGGGAAAUAGUGGACUAGGGUUUUAUACAGUUCUACAGUUGUAUCUUCAUGGAUAUACUAUUUAUCUAGCAGGUCGAUCAAAAUCAAGAUGUUUAAAUUCAAUUAAAGAAUUAAAAUUAAAAGCUAAAGAAAUUCAAGAUACUUAUUCAUUGGAAGAAUCAAAUAAUAGAUUUUUAGGAGAUUUAAGAUUUUUAGAAAUUGAUUUAAGUAAUUUAAAUCUGAUUAUUAAUGCUGUUGAAAAUUUUAAAAAAUUGGAAGAUCAUUUACAUAUUUUAAUUAAUAAUGCUGGUGCCAUGGCUUUACCUUAUACUUUAACAAUAGAUAAUUUUGAUAUUCAAUUACAAACAAAUUUCAUAUCUCCAUUAGUUUUAACAACUAAAUUAUUACCUAUAUUGGAGAAAACAAAAGAUAAAUUCCCAAGUUUACCUACUCCAAGAAUAAUAUAUCGAAGUUCAUUUGGUCAUUUAUUUGCUUUACAAUAUUUCAAUUUAAGUAAUUCAUUGGAUUAUUAUCCUAAUUUAGUAUUUACAUGGGUAAGAUAUGGUAUGGCAAAAGUAGCAGGAAUUCAUUUCAUGAAAAUGUUGAGUUUACGUAAUCCAAAAAUAUUAUUUUUAACAGUACAUCCAGGAUUAAUUAUGAAUACUAAUUUAUUUACUUAUUGGACAAGACUACCUAUUGUUGGAAUAAUGUUUUGGUGUUUAUUUCAUAUAUUUGGUUAUUUCUUUGGUACCACAAGUAAAGAAGGUGCCAAUGUGGUGAUUAAAUGUUGUUUAGAUGAAAAAUUAUCGGUGGAGAAAGAUAAUGGGAAAUAUUUUGGUCCUGAUGGUAAAGAAUCCCAACCUUCAAAUAUAGCUACUAAUAUGGAUUAUGCGGCAAGAACAUGGAUUUGGACCAUUAAUGAGUUGAGUAAACGAGGUAUAACAAUACCUAAUCUGUAA